GCAUAAUGACAGCGGCGUGGUUGGACGUGCCUAGCUUUAGCUCCGCGUUUUGAAGUCGUUGUUUGCACUUUCAUGUGCAUUAAGUUCAUAUAUGUAAUUCAAAUAUUUAGUGUUGUCGUAUGUGUCUAUUUGUUCUUUAUUUUUUGUGGCCAUGGCUUUAACAAGAGAGGUUUUGGAAGAACUACUCGACAAGAAACUGGCGCCAUUACAGGCGUCUCUUGACUUUCUAAAUGAAAAGUACGACAUCAUCUUAAAGAAAGUCUCAGAUCAAGAGGUUAAAGUAAAAGAACUCUCGAAAGAGAAUUCUCGUCUUCAUUCGGAAGUGGGGCUACUCAGAUCUACAUUAUCAAACCAAGGGAAAUGGCUAAACGAUCUAGAGCAAUAUGGCCGCCGGGAAUGCCUCGAGAUCCGUGGGAUCCCUGAGGUUAAAGGAGAAGACACUUCUCAAAUAGCGUGUCAAGUCGCCAACCUAAUUGGGGUCAAGCUCUCGAGACAGGAUAUCUCGACCAGCCACCGCAUCAAGCCUAAAAACUCGACGGCAAAGUUCCCGCCCUCCAUCAUAGUCAAAUUUACAAGCCGUGACAAGCGAGACGAAACAUACAAAGCCAGGGGGAGGUUGCGUGAGCUCUCCACACACAACGUGCCUGGCCUGGAUAGAUUUAAAAGUAACUCGAUCUAUCUCAGUGAGUCUCUCACUCAAAGAAACAAGGCAUUAUUCAAAAGUGCGUUGGAGGAUAGAAAACAAAUGAAGUAUGACUUCAUUUGGACUGCAAAUGGAAACAUCUAUUUGCGCAAGAAUGAACGCAGUCCAUCGAUUCAUGUUACCGAUGAAUCGGUAUUAAUAAAUCUAAGAAGCUCCAGCUUUGUUCACGAAGUCGAAGGGCAACACAUAUGAAUCAACAAUCAAGCCUCUUUUUAUUUUACAGAAGAAAGCUGUUAGAAUCAUAACUUUCUCAUCUUACAUCGAACAUACUUCUCCUAUCUUUAGAAAACUAAAUAUCUUGAAAUCUCCUGAUCUAAUCUAUUACUUAAACACAAUAUUUAUGUACAAAUUUAAUUUGAAUCUACUUCCAACUCCUUUUGAUUCUUUUUUUACUACGGUUGCUUCAAGGCACAAAUAUAAUACAAGACUGGCUUCUAAAUCAUCGUACUGCCUCCCUUUACCUCGAACUAAUUAUGGAAAGUUUAAUAUUCGUUUUAAAGGUGCCUCAAUUUGGAAUAACAUCAAAGAACCUACCAAAACCAUGCGUUUGCCUAGCUUCAAGGCUGCAAUAAAGACCUCAAUCCUUGAAAAUUAUUAGCCUCUAUCUAGUUUUUUUGUUUUAUUGCAUUUUAUUUUGCUGCUGCUUUCAUGUAUUUUGUAUUCGUGCCUUGUACGUCCUUGCUAUACGCUCCAUUUAAUUGAACUAUUUUGUGCUGCCUAGCCAGAUUAGCUUUUUAGUUACUUCUAGGCAGCCAAUACCCAAAAUCUGUAAUUAUUAUUUAUUUUCUUACUGUAAUUUCUGUGUGUGGUAUAAAUAAAGUUAUAUUGUUGUU